GGUAGUGUGCGCUGCGUGUGUGUUUAUGUGCGUGUGUGUGUCCGUGUGUGUAAGUGUGUGAUGAUGAUGAUGGCGGAGCUGGUGCAGGGACAGGCCUCUGUGGCACAGCCCGGGAUGAAGGCGGACGGAUUCACGGACCCGUUCCACCGCGCGCGACAGAUUGCUAAAAUGGGGGGCGAGCAGAUGUCUCAUCUGAACAGCACAGCUCCAGGGGUCGAAGCUUCUCUCUACGGCUAUGGCGGCCACAAAUGCUCCCUGGAUGAGGGAGUGGCCAACCAGCUUGGAGCAAUGGGACAUCAAAGGGCUAUAAUAACAGAGGAGUAUAAAGUGCCUGAUAAGAUGGUGGGAUUCAUUAUCGGACGUGGAGGAGAACAGAUCACCAGAAUCCAGCUUGAGUCCAACUGUAAGAUCCAGAUCGCUUCUGAGAGCGGAGGAAUGAUGGACCGACCCUGCACCCUCACCGGAACUCCAGAGAGUAUCGAGCAGGCCAAGAGAUUACUGGGGCAGAUCGUGGACCGGUGUCGAAACGGACCGGGGUUCCACAGCCAGAUGGACGGGAACAGCGCUGUUCAGGAGAUCUUGAUCCCUGCCAGCAAAGUCGGUCUGGUCAUCGGAAAGGGAGGAGACACCAUUAAACAUCUGCAGGAGAGGACAGGAGUAAAAAUGAUCAUGAUUCAGGACGACCCGACGCCCAAUGGAUCUGACAAACCCUUGAGAAUCACCGGAGAUCCGUAUAAAGUUCAGCAAGCGCGUGAGCUGGUCGUGGAGAUUAUCAGGGAAAAAGAUCAAGCGGAUUUCAGAGGAGGACGCAGCGACUUCGGCUCCCGGAUGGGCAGCAGCAUCGAUGUGGCCGUGCCCAGGUUCGCGGUGGGCAUCGUCAUUGGCAGAAAUGGAGAGAUGAUUAAGAAGAUCCAGAAUGAUGCUGGUGUCAGGAUCCAGUUCAAACCAGAUGAUGGGAUCAGUCCGGAGCGAAUGGCUCAGGUGAUGGGUCAGCCUGAACGAUGUCAGCACGCCGUUCACCUCAUCAAUGAGCUGGUCCACACAGCACAGGAGCGAGAUGGUUUUGGAGGUCAGCUGGGGUCGAGAGGUCGUGGCAGAGGUCGUGGGGAUUGGAGCAUGGGCACACCUGGAGGUUUACAGGAGGUCACCUACACAAUACCUGCUGAUAAAUGUGGACUUGUUAUCGGAAAAGGUGGUGAAACCAUCAAGAACAUCAACCAGCAGUCCGGAGCUCAUGUGGAGCUUCAGAGAAAUCCUCCUCCCAACACUGACCCCAACGUCCGUGUCUUCUCCAUCCGGGGAUCUCCUCAGCAGAUGGAGAUGGCCAGACAACUGAUAGACGAGAAGAUUGGGGCCACUGGAAUGGGAGGAAACAGCAGUUUUGGACUCAGUCCUUUCACCCAAGGACCAGCCACUCCUCAUCAGAACGGUCCUCAGACAUUCAUGACUGGAGGAUGGGGUACCCCAUACCAGACGUGGCAGCCUCAGGGCCAGCAGGACCCCAGUCAACAGAGCCAGGCCCAGAGCAGCGGUCCGGAUUACAGCAAAGCCUGGGAGGAGUUUUACAAGAAACAGACUCAAGGGGCCGGUCCUGGAUCUCAGCAGAGCUCUCAACCGGACUACACCGCCGCCUGGGCCGAGUACUACAGACAGCAGGGGGCGUAUUACAACCAGGGACAGACGCAGGCUCCCGGCCUCCCGGAUCAUUAAAUCGAACGACUACAGGUCCUUUAGUUGAAGAUUUUUGAAUCGCCGCGAGGAGGAUACAGACCUUUUGUAACAGAGGUUUCUAGAUUUGCAACGCCUUGAAGACUUUUACUUUUUUUCUUAGUGAGAAACACUAGCUGUAGAAUGACUUAUAUGAUUUAAAAAAAAAUAAAAAAUAAAGCGAGAGAGAGCUAUUUCUAAAUCAGGACGUAAAAUUGUUACUAAAUACUUGUGUACACCAUUAUUUGAAUGGGCAAUUUCCGGGAUCUUUUUUGGAUCGUUUCAGAGUCGGGUUUGUUUUCUAUAUACUUCCUUUUUAAUUCAAUGAUUAUUGUCAAAACGAACCCGGGAGUUGUGACAUUUCAUCAUCGAUCGCGCAAUAUAAUCUCUUAUUUUUCUAGUCCUGUUGCAAUAAACCGAUUGUGGGCUUAGCAGUCUCGACUACGUUAUGGUUUGGUUUUGUCAUGAGAUGUUUUAAGAAUGUGUACAAAAUGUGUUUUCUUUUUCUUUUACACAGCGCAUUUUAAUUCAGUGAUAUAAAACUGUGAUGAUGUUUUUGUUACAGAAAAUAUAUUCUUUUGUUACGCGAAAUAUAAAAGCGACGUGCGACGUUGGCAGUCGGUUCCUGAUGUAAUUCCUCGUGUUCUCUUUUUUUCGGUUGUCGUUUUAUUGUACUCUGCUUCAAAACAAAGGUGCAAUAUCUUAUUUCAGUUUUUUUGAAACAAAGACGGUCUUCUCUAAUAUUUUGACAACUUUGUAGAUCUUAGAGGUAUUUUUUUUAGACGUAUGGAUAAUUUUUUAUUACAGUGAUUUGACGCCGGGGGGGUUCGGGGGGGGGUCGAUCGGUCGUGGUCUUGCUCGUGUUGUGAGAUUGUGAGAUUUUUUUCGCUGUCUUGUAAAACUAUGUAUGUAUGCUCAGAGACUUGACUAAAUACUUUAUUUAAAAAAUAUAUAUAUAUAAUUAAAUCAAAGACUUUUUUGUCCCUCAUCUUGCAGGAAAACUGUCCCUGUUUUCUGUUUUCAUAUACUGAAAUUUGUCAAAGAUUGUGAAUGUGUCAUUUGAAAUUAGAUGUUGCAUCUUGCUGUCAGAUGAGAGAGGUUUUAUGUAUGUUCUUUAAACUUUCAAGCGUUCGAGACUGCUAAGCCCGUGAGAGCCUACCUGUGUAUUAAUCGUAGUUUUUUAUAAGUAUUCAAAGAUCAACGUUCUGUCUUAUUUGGUACCACGCAGCAGUUUCUCUGAAGCCCCGAGCAGUACACACUGUGGACGUCUGUACGGUCCCCAUCCAGUAACUUUUUAAUGAUGAUUUUUGUUUCUUUCUACUCUGUGUGAUCUAAUAUAUGUAUGAUUGAUUAGUUACAAAUUGAACUAGUAUUAACUUCAUUGCUUAAUGAAAAGGGAUAUUAUAAUUUCAAAAUGUUUAAUUUUAGUGUUUUCUUUUCUUCCUCAUGUGUACAGGUAACUCGUGUAUUAAAAAUAUCAAAAGAUGA